UACUCCUAAAGGCACUGACAAUGGCCGUGAAUAGCACUUUCACGCCGAAGGCGUCACUAACAGAGGCUCCCACCAACCUGAAGGAGGCCAUUGACUGGGUCCUGAGGGUAACUGGUAAGGAUGGUAAGAAGCUGGGUGAUGGAGAAUGUAUAUGUGGCCUGGCGGCGGCAGUGACUGACCUACUGCAGUCAGUACAACUGGAGUACUAUGUACUACCACCGGUAUACAGUACCUCAUGGGUCCCUAUAGGUUAUGAGGGAGAUACUAAGGAGACUGACAGUGAACAGAAGAAGGGCCCCCCAAAAGCGAGAGUCACAGAGUGCCUCAAUGAGCUAUUCUCUCUGGUACAGGGACUAGGUGGUACUGCAGUGGUCCGGACAUAUGUAGACCAGUUGGCACAGGUACUCAGUGCACUCGUUGGGUGGAGUAAGAUAGAGACGUGUUGGGACGGCUGCGGUGGUAGUAGCAAUAACAAUCAACAUGGCACUAAAGAUGGCUGCACGUAUCUACAGGAUGUAAAGCAUGAGAACAAGUGUGGCACGUGUGGGUGUAUGAAAUGGGACGUGGCCGUGGCGGAUGAUGACAAGAAUGGACAUCACCUGGGCAGGGGGUGUACAAGGUGUAGUGGUAGUAGAGAUGGGUGUAAGUGUAGUCCUGGUGGUGGUAGUGACUGUAGUACUGGCGAGGAGUGUAAAUGUGCUAAAGAAGGUAAAUGCUGCAAGUGUUGUUGUAAUGGUAGAUGUGGGAACUGUAAAAGGGAGUGUAGUUGUAUAAUCGAGGACGGGGUUGUUGGCCGUGAUGAGUGUAACAGGGAUAGCUACAUGUCUUCGUACCCUAGUAGAACGGUGUUUAUGAGGGAGUCAUUCACGCAAUCCAAGAGGGUAGACGUCAAACCAUAUUGGAAAGAUUUAAUAGAUAUUCCUCCCGGAGACAAUAGCUAUGACACUACUGCCUCUGAUAGACGUCACCAAUGUGCCCAGACAUUACUUGGCUCAGUAUGUCUCAUCUGGAGUGGCAUUACCUAUAUGUAUUGGACUGGAAAGUACCAUUCCAGCAGCCCCCGAUGGAACAAUCACAUCCUGGAUGGCAGUGGUCUAGAUGAUGGUACACUGUCACAAUGGCUUCAGGCCCUAGGGUUUCCUAAGGCAAUGAUGAACGACCAUGGUCCUGGAAAUAGAUGGGAUGCUAUUAUAUGGGAUGGGAUUAUGGGUAAGUUAUAUUUGGGAUUUCCGAAUACUGGUGAUUGGCAUAACUUUGCUGUACAUGGCCAUGACAACCAUGCUAAUACAUUCAGACAACCAGCUGGUAUGAACUAUGCUGGAUAUAUACAUACCAUGGACAAGGGUGCAUUUUGCAGUAAAGCUAUUGUCUUCAAUAAUGGCACCACCAGCAUAACUGAGGAAAACAUCCACAAAUGUGGCGCCUUGUACAAGCUCUACAUUCUAUCAUGCGCUUACUUUACUGGAUUACAGAAGAAGGGUCCGCCUAAGGCGGAAAAUAAAACUCCCAAGACCAUCCGUGAGAUCCUCUACUGGCUCAGUGCAUUGCCCUAUAGUCCGGCAUAUCCAAAGAUACUGACGCACUCGAAAGGAAUAUUGGAAAAGGUAGCACCAGAUUUCGAGGACAAAAAACAGCUUUCGUUCUACCAGACAGGCCGCACAGCACCCAUUACAGUACAUGAAUUCAACCUGUUUGCUCACUUCCAAGCAGUGACUCAGUAUUGCCCAUUGGUCCUCAUAGGUAUCCAGGGUGGACUUAAAGGCACUGACACCACUAAAGAACCACCUAUCCAUGCCUUAUACGCCAACACAGCCUGUAGAUUCACCUAUCCCACUGUGUCCAUCCAAGCAUACAACCAGGUGGUACAUUACAUUAGGGCUCUAUUCUACCAGUUGUAUUUCCUUAGGAAGCAAUGUGCAGUGAAGGUAGCCCUAGGAGGUAAAUGGCGUGAGUGUAGGUAUGGUAGUGGAGUGCUUGGGAGGGAUGUAGUUAGCUGGAUGUGCCUGGGGUGUGACCCCAUGGAACAUGAUAGGAAAUGGAGGGUGGAUAAAGUAAAGGGGGAGUUGGUGGGGGUGAUCAGGGGGACAUCAGCGUCAAACGGGGUAGAGCACAUAGAAACGGCCAAAAAUCUACUGGAGAAGAUUGGUGAAGUAGUGGUACAAUUAGGUAAUGCCCAGGAGGCAUUGGAAGGGAAGGAUAAGGGUGUGAUAGAGAAGGUGAAGAGGGCACUAGGGACGGCUAAGAAUGGGCUGGAUGGGAAGGAACUAGAGGAGGCGGUGAAGAAAGGGCUGGAUGGCAUGGAUGGGCUGGAUGUGAAACUAGGGGAGCUAACGAAUGGUGGUGGAAUACUAGGGGAGUUAGACGGGAAACUAGGGGCGGCAAAUAGUAAUGAUUUCGAUCAGGGUAAGAAUGCGCUGAGUAGUGCUAUCCAUAAGAUACGGGAGGUAUUGAAUCUAAUGAAGAAAGCCCUAGAGGAAGAGUUGAAAGAAGUUCUGGAGAAGGAACAGUCAAAUGUGGAUGAAAAUACAAAUUUGAAUGGCCACGAAAAAGGUUUUCACAAAGCCGUCAAAGACCUCAUUUCAAUCUGCACCUCUCCCAAGUGCCCGCCAUGUGAAUCACACUCCAGCAAGUGUGGCCAAAAGCCAGUGUCCAGUUACUGUGACAAAUGCCACCAACAAUACAUGGACGGCACACCAUCACCUCUACAGGCAUUCCUCGAAGAUCGCUUGCCGGGUUUUAGUUGUAGUGCAGUGGUGAACCAGGAGAAGGAACAACCAGACUACCCACUGGCCUCAUCCCACCUAGGACACUGUAAUGGCUCAGGUCAAUGCUGCCCCUUGCCCAUGGGUUUUAGAGGUCAAUUCUAUAGUGGCAGCAUCAGUGAUAUGACUGGCCAACGCCUUUAUGGCAUCCUCUACUUCUUCAGUAACGAGAACAUGAUGCAGUCGUGUGUCUAUACACUAGUGAGGGUCACAGCAGCACUCAGUGCCACGACACCGCAGGUACUGGGUGAUGUAUUCGGGUUCUUUAGAGGAGGUGUAGGAGAGAAGGAAAAGGGAAAGCCACCAAAGGGAGAACAAGACAAGGACGUACCAUGUGAACACAAUGGAAAUCCAAGUGGAUCUUAUGAGGAGAACAAGGAGAAAUACUUUUGCGGCUGGUGUGCCUCUGGGUUAAGGGAAGAGGUAAAGAAGAUAGACUGGAUUCCAAAAACAGGGGAUGCGCCGUAUCGGGAUAAAGUCGGCGCAGCACUAAUAGGUAUUAAGGGAGACAAGGGCACUGGUAGUGCCGUUCCAUAUUCCAGUGCCGGUGCCACCACUAGUAACCUCUCAACACUCACUGACGGUAACCACUACGUAUCCCCCCUAACCGGUGAACUCUAUACAGCAGUAAGUGCCACCUUCGGUAGAACAUACCUCUCAUGGGUACUAUACCUAUCAGAUGCCCUUGAAGGUGGAUUACAGUCACUCUAUAGUGAAUUCCAACAGAUUGAAUGCCGGGGCUGUAAGGGACAGUGUGACCCCAAUAAGUGCAAGAAGGGAGAACACGGACAGGGAAGUGGACAGUGUGGAUGCCAAUCAAUCGUAUCGUGUACCGGGGUACUACCGGUGUUGUACAGACAUGGCUUUAGCUACGGUAACCCAUUCAAUCUGGAGGGGUACCAGCAGGAGAAGAAGGAUGAAGGAGAUUAUAGUAUAGAUGACAAGGGUGGGAAGAAGCAUUGUCAUGGAGUUACGUAGUUGGUUCACCGCAUCGACAAAAUAAUGUACUACAGUAUAAAGCAU